ACUGAGAAAAGACACUUGGCCGACCCACUUCCCCUUCCUGUCAACAGCACGGUUCCUGGUUUUGGGUUCCGUCUUGAAGAUUUUCAUCAUUGGUUGAUCUACUUAUACUCCCAGUAAAAAUGUCCCUUGACUGAAUCGACAGCGCGAACCAGACACGGGAUUACCUGCCUAGGAUAAAUCAUGAUGGUGUGCGAUGAUUACCGACUCUUUGUGCUCCUCCUGACCACAUCCUCCAUCGUUGCAGCGGUAAGCGAGGAGACUCUUAACGUCUACGCUCUGCUCGGCAGCAACCUAACCUUAUCGCUCGGCCAAAAGCUGCUGAGCUACCAGGAUACAUUGCGGUGGACACAAAACAACAAAGUCAUCUUCAGUAGGUUGUUCGGAGUCGUCCGCCCGGGUAAGCCGACGGACGUCGACGCGGCUGGAUCCCUCCAGCUGCUCAACCUCAGCGACUCCAGCGCUGGGGACUACAAGGCAGACGUGUACGACAGGACCGGUGUGCGCGUCAAUGGCUGGAGCGGAAAGGUGUACGUGGUCGAGAAAGUGUCGACGCCUGUGGUGACGUUUCUGUGCGGUUCUAGCGGCGCCACGGCCACACUGAAAUGCGACGUUCGCAACCCGAAACACGUGGUCUUCGCCUGGACCCACGAAGGUCAGCUCCUUACAGGGGAAACAAAGCCCACGCUGAGCGUGUCUUUGGCGAAGUUCAAGGGCAAUAAAGUUUUUGGCUGCAGUGUGAGUAACAGCGCAAGCAAAGCCCAGAGUAACGCUGUCCAGUUAAAGUGCAAGCCGCCGCCGCCACUGCCUCCGCCGACUCCGAAGGACUACUGCUUUAAAGCCAGCACAGUAAUGGCCGCGGUCGGAUUAUGCUGCUCUUCAUCAUCACCGUAGUCGCAUGUUCCCAACAGAAGAAGGUGCCGACGCCGGAACAGCAAGGGAAAUUUUAUUCAUGACGACCAAUAAAAAAACAACAGUGUUGUUGAACACCAACAUGCUUAUGUAAAAUCAGCAUAGUACCAUAUUCAGCUAUGGACAGUUCUGUGUUGUGCUUCAUAGCCUACGUCAGCCUACACAGACAAUGUUCUAAAUAAAAUGAAAUGAUAAUAUCAUAAAUAUCAUAAAAAGGGUGGAUGUCAAUAAUUUAAUGAAAAAUCAUGUUGUAUGAUAAAAUUAUGCAAAAAAAAUAAAAUAUUGAUUUGUUCAGAAAACGUUCUCACUUGCAGUUACAGCCAGGGGCCGCCAGGGGGGGUGCUGCAGCACCCUAAGCACCACCCACUUCCCGCGUACCUGGGUAACACUGUUGCUUUUGAUUGGUCGUCAUGAAAAAAAACAUAAGGGGUAACGCUGUUGUUUUUUAUUGGUCGUCAUGAAAAAAACAAAAGGGGUAAAACUGUCGAUAUUUAUCAAAUAAAACAUAGGGGGUAACACUGUUGUUUUUCUUUGGUCGUUAUGAAAAAAAACACAAGGGGUAACACUGUCGUUUUAAUCAAAUGAAACAUGAGGGGUAACACUGUCGUUUUUAUCAAAUGGAACAUGAGGGGUGACACUGUCAUUUUUCUUUGGCCGUCAUGAAAAAAACCAUAAGGGGUAACACUGUUGUUUUUUAUUGGUCGUCAUGAAAAAAAUCAUAAGGGGUAACACUGUUGUUUUUUAUUGGUCGCCAUGAAAAAAACAAAAGGGGUAAAACUGUCGAUAUUUAUCAAAUAAAACAUAGGGGGUAACACUGUUGUUUUUUAUUGGUCGUCAUGAAAAAAAAAAAAGGGGUAAAACUGUCGAUAUUUAUCAAAUAAAACAUAGGGGGUAACACUGUUGUUUUUCUUUGGUCGUCAUGAAAAAAAACACAAGGGGUAACACUGUCGUUUUAAUCAAAUGAAACAUGAGGGGUAACACUGUCGUUUUUAUCAAAUCAAACAUGAGGGGUGACACUGUCAUUUUUCUUUGGCCGUCAUGAAAAAAACCAUAAGGGGUAACACUGUUGUUUUUUAUUGGUCGUCAUGAAAAAAAUCAUAAGCGGUAACACUGUUGUUUUUUAUUGGUCGUCAUGAAAAAAAACAUAAGGGGUAACACUGUUGUUUUUCAUUGGUCGUCAUGAAAAAAAACAUAAGGGGUAACACUGUUGUUUUUUAUUGGUCGUCAUGAAAAAAAACAUAAGGGGUAACAAUGUUGUCUUUGUCAAAUAAAAUAUACGGGGUAACACUGUCGUUUUUUAUUGGUCGUCAUAAAAAAAACCAUAAGGGAAAUAAUAGAAAUACAAACAUACAUUUUAAUGUCAUGUAUAUCCUCUUUAGUGAUGAUUGAUUAUUGUAUGUUGUCAUCGCCACAGUGGUGCAGUGGAGUGCACUCUACCUAACCCCCUGGAGACCGGGGUUCAAGUCCGGAUGAUGUCCUCUGUUGGAAGACUCUUAUCUCUAUUUCAUGCGAAUUAUAAAGUCAAGUAAAAACAUUUAGAAGAUUUUUUUCAGUGUCUUGAUGGUGCAUUGAUAAGUUCGGAGGUUAACACUCGAAACAGCUCAGGUUCAGAUCCCCGCAAAAACGUAGACAGGGGUACCACAGUGGUUUUUUAUUGGAAAACAUGAGGGGUAACUCUGUCGUUUUUUAUCGGCCCUCAUGAAAUAAACAUAAGGGGUAACACUGUCGAUAUUUAUCAAAUAAAACAUUGGGGGUAACACUGUUGUUUUUCAUAAGUCACCAUGGGAAAAAAACAUAAGGGGUAACACUGUUGUUUUUCUUUGGUCGUCAUGAAAAAAACAUAAGGGGUAACACUGUUGUUUUUUAUUGGUCGUCAUGAAAAAGAACAUAAGGGGUAACACUGUUGUUUUUCUUUGGUCGUCAAGGAAAAAACCACAAGGGGUAACACUCAGUUUUUUUAUUGGUCGUCAUGAAAAAAAACAUAGGGGGUGACACUGUUGUUUUUCUUUGGUUGUCAUGAAAAAAACCACAAGGGGUAACACUGUUGUUUUUUAUUGGUGGUCAUGAAAAAAAACAUAAGGGGUAACAAUGUUGUUUUUUAUAGGUCGUCAGGAAAAAAAACAUAAGGGGUAACACUGUUGUUUUUUUUAUUGGUCGUCAUGAAAAAAACAUAGGGGGUAACACUGUUGUUUUUUAUUGGUCGUCGUGAAAAACAUAAGAACGUGAAAAACAUAGGGGGUAACACUAUUGUCUUUGUCAAAUAAAAUAUAAGGGGUAAUACUGUCGUAUUUUAUUGGUCGACAUGAAAAAAAACAUAUUUGAAAAAAAAAAAAAAUUGUCCUUGACAAAAAAAAUAUAAGGGGUAACACUGUUGUUUUUUAUUGGUCGUCAUGAAAAAAAACAUAAGGGGUAACUGUUGUUUUUUAUUAGUCAUCAUGAAAAAAAACAUAAGGGGUAACACUGUUGUUUUUUAUUGGUCGUCAUGAAAAAAAACAUGAGGGGUAACACUGUUGUUUUUUUAUUGGUCGUCAU